AUGGCAGACAUUCUCAUUCAUUCUGCAGUACCAUCUCUUUUUACGCACACUGAAUCUGCAUCGAAUCUAUUUGCUGAUACUUCAACAGAAAGUCCACAAGCCAAUACAAAAUACAGUUGUCACGCUUCUCGAUUACGUAAUACAUUCAUCGAACAUUCAUUAUUAUCAAAUGAUUUAAAUUCAAAAAAACAUUCAUCUAAUUCAUCAUUGAUAGUUGAUGAUCAUACUGCACGCUUUAUUAAGACAAAAGAGAUGUUUCAAACAUUAGAUGAAACAUCAAGACACAAUAAUGCAUCAUUAUUAAGAUUAAAACCAAUAGAGAAUAAUCAACAAGAGCAUAGUCGUAAUAUUUCAUCGAAUUUCAGUGGUACAUCGUCAAAUAGGUCAUCGACUUCAUUUGCGAAUUAUGAUGAUGAAGUUCCGUAUGCAGUUAUUCAUCGAAAAAAUCCAAAUUCAGAACAACAUUUUGAUUUUCCUGCUGAUUCUUUUCAACAACAUAAAAAGCAAGAACAUGAUGAGCAUGAUAAAAUUAAUGUUUUAUCGACCUUAUCCAGUAAGCAAAUGACAAGUCAUGCUGUUUCCAUAGCUCUACCGCCCAGUGUACUCAAACCUAUGGAUCAUCUUAAUACAAUUUUUGUUAAGCCAACUAAAAUUGAACAUUCAUUACCUAAAUUAGUUUUUCAAGAUGAUGAUAUUCAUGAACAAUCGAACUUGAUCGAAGAUUCAAUAAUUAAUGAACCAAAUCAUAUACAAGAAAACGAUAAUGAAUCAUCAGAUAUUUUCUAUGAACAGCCGGGUAUACCUGAACUUGAUGAUGAUGAUGAUGAUGAUGAUAAUUUUGAUCAAAAUCGUACUAGACGAGUGAAAUUUAGUAAUGCACCGAUUCGAGUUUACCCAACAUAUUCGCCAAGUGAAUACAAUCGACGAAACGAUGAUAUAGAUCCGUUUUCAGCAACAGCAGAAUAUGAAUUAGAAAAACGCAUUGAAAAAAUGGAUGUUUUUACAGUUGAAAUAGAAAAAGGUCCAGAAGGUCUUGGAAUAAGUGUAUUGGGAAUGGGCGUAGGUGCUGAUAGUGGUUUGGAAAAAUUAGGUAUUUUUGUAAAAUCUCUUAAUCCUCAAGGAGUAGUUGCCAAAAAUGGAAAAAUUAAAGUCGGGGAUCAAAUCAUUGAAGUAAAUGGUUGUUCGCUUGUUGGUGUCACACAUGGAUAUGCUAAAGAUGUUCUAAAAUCAACAAUUGGCUUAGUAAAAUUUUUAAUUGGUCGAGAAAAAGAUGUUGGCAACUCUGAAAUUCCUGGCCUUAUUCAGCGUUCAUUACAACUAGAUCAAGAACGUGACGAAAUGUCGCGAGCAUUGAAACAAUAUCGGGAUGAAUAUUAUGAAAAAACUCUUAUGGAUCAUGAUGAAAUAAAGGAUCAGGAGCAAACUGAUUCGAAAAUUGUCAAUGAAUUCGAAAUUGAAAUACUAAAGCAAUGUUACGAAUCAUUAGAAGAUACAUUAGAAAAAACUGAAAAAGAAAAAGAACGUUGUCAACAACUUCAUGAACAAAUAGAAAAUGAUCUUAAACAAAUGAAAGAAAAAUAUUUUAAAGCAAAAGUUUUAAUCAAAGAAUUUCAAGAUCGGGAAAUAAAAUUACGUCAACAGCAUAAAGAAUUGAAUGAACAACAAGAAAAACGUAUUAACGAACUAAUGAAGAAGAUUGAUGAACUUGAAAAUAUCAUUGCUACAUUAGUAUCAAAGUCUGAUGAGAAUGCACUACCCAAAGCGAAUGAAAGUAUUGUGUCAGAUUCGUCUGAUAUACCACCAGAACAUAUAUUAAGUCGAACCAAUGCAAGUUCUAGUCAACUAUUACCAACUACAAGUCGGCAUACAAUCGUAACAUCUUCUGUUCAAUUUCCAUCUAGAUCAUUAGAUAAAAUGCCAACCUAUGAACAACAAACUGAAGAGCCUAGCGAAAAUGCUUCUAGUAAUAAUAAAUCAGAUGAUCAGCUUGAUAUAGAAGAUGAUAAAGAUUCAUUAUUAAAUAGAAUUCACGUGAGCAAAACAUACCCAAGACAUUUACCAUCGAAACAUUUCUCUACUCCAUCACUUGGUGAAGUUGUGAAUGAUUGUGACAUUAUUGAUACUAGAAGCCAGAUUUCAAAAGUACCAUCAUUAGAACAAACAAAUAAUGAUAGUUUUUCAACUGAUGAAUACAUUAAAAUAAAACAUUGGACAUCAGAUCAAUGUAUUCAAUGGUUAACAGUUCAAACAAUGUCAUCGUUGAUUCCUAUAUUUUUGAAUCGUAAUAUUGAUGGUGAAAAGUUAUUAUUGCUUGAUAGUGCAAAAAUGAAGGCUCUGGGUAUAAAAUCAAGUAAAGAUCGUGAUCAAUUAAAAGCGAAAAUAAAAGAACUUAGACAUGCUGAAGUCAAUCGAUUACGUGAACGGCUUCUUAGUCAAUCAUCAUCACCAUUUCAUCGAUCAGUAGUAAAUAUUGGACAUCGAUUACGUUCAUCGAGUCUUACGAAAUUGAAAGAGCGUAGAUUUUUUGGUAGUAGCAGUAGUAAUAGUGGGAAAUAA